CAAAAGUUGUUCAGGUUGAGAGAAAACGAUCGAGCAAAAGUUUCUUAUUCCUGUGUUCUUGUGUGAAAGUAAUUGGAAGUCUAAAGUAGAGAGUUAUGUUAACUUUAAUUAGGUGAAACUGUAUUGUAAGUUUCGAUACGAUUCGAUUUUUGAUGUGAGAGUGUGCAGUGAAUAACUUUGCAGCAACUUUUGCCACGAGUUUGAAACAAGUAGUUUUCCAUUACCAAAAACAUGGCGACUGAAAAACUUCGGAUUGGAGUUGAUGUUGGUGGGACAAACACUGAUGCUGCUGUCCUGUGUGGAAAUUCACUUGUGGGAUGGGCAAAAGUGUUGACAACGCCUGAUGUAACAUUAGGAGUUGCAGACGCCAUCAAAUCUGCCCUCAAGGCCACAAAACCUGCUUAUAAAGAUAAGGAAAUUCUUCAAGUUAGCAUCGGAACCACCCAUUUUGUAAAUGCAGUUAUUCAGAGGAAAAACCUUGUUCCAGUGGCCAUUCUGAGGUUGUGUGGUCCCGCAUCGCAUUCCUUGCCACCACUUUGUGAAUUUCCUGAUGAUUUGGCCAAGAUCGUUUCCGGGCUGGAUGUUCUUGUGCAGGGCGGAUAUCAAUUCGAUGGACAGCCGAUCGUCGAUGUCGACAAGAAUGAAAUUAUUGACUGUGCGAAAAGAAUUGAGGAUGCAGGACUUAAAAAUGUUGUUGUUUCAGGUAUCUUUUCCCCAGUCUCAACAGGACAAGAGGAACAAGUUGCACAGAUUCUGCUGGACCAACUUCCGGACAUCAGCAUCACCAUCUCCCAUAGAAUUGGCCACAUCGGCCUACUGGAGAGGGAAAAUGCUGCUAUUUUGAAUGAAUGCCUAAAACCACUCUGCAAAGAAACCAUCCUGGGCUUCCAAAAAGCUUUGAGUCAGGACGUUGGAUUAGAUUGCCCUUUUUAUCUCACACAGAAUGAUGGCACUCUUAUCAGUUCCGAUGACUGCAUUGAAUAUCCUGUCAGAACAUUUGCCUCUGGUCCAACCAACAGCAUGCGUGGUGCGGCGUUUCUCUCGGGGAGGAAAAAUGCCAUAGUUAUUGACAUAGGGGGCACGACGACAGACGUCGGCGUUUUGAGCAAUGGUUUUCCACGGGAAGCGUCAACAAAAGUACAGGUUGGCGGUGUCAACACGAACUUCCGGAUGCCAGAUGUCAUGAGUAUCGGAUUAGGUGGCGGUUCGCUAGUGCGUGAGCGUGACGUCAGGAGUAUGAGAGAGACCAUGUGUCUAGCUACAGACAUCAUUCCAAAUACCAAAAUGAAAGUCGGUCCAGAAUCCGUCGGGUACAACCUCUGCCGAGAUGCUGUCGUGUUUGGUGGUAACAAACUCACAGCUACAGAUAUUGCCGUCCGUGUCGGUUUAGCAAACGGUAUUGGUGAGGAGCGCCGUCUACAAAACAUUCCACGAAUGAUAGCCGAUAGCGCGAUGGCAGAAAUACACAGCAUGGUGGAGAAGGCCAUUGAUCAAGCUAAGCUGACUUGCCAGGACCAACCUGUCAUCCUAGUGGGCGGAGGCAGCAUCCUGGUCGAUGAGAAAAAGCCGUUACAGGGUGCAUCAGAAGUCAUCAAACCACCAUAUUUUCAGGUAGCCAAUGCCGUUGGUGCCGCACUGAGCCAGAUAGGUCACAUGGUCGAUCUGAUUGUCUCGUAUGCAAAGACGCCGAGAGACGAGGUCAUUGAGAAUGCAAAGAAAACUGCGAGACAAGCGGUCAUCAAUGGCGGCGCCGAUCCAAGCACCGUCAACAUCGUGGAAGUCAUUGAAACGCCCUUAGCUUACUUGCUCGGCGACGUAACGCGAUUACAAAUCAAGGCAGUCGGCGACUUAUUCCCCGACACUCAACUCGCAGAUGAUAUAGCGGUCGUCUGUCUGAGUCCAAAAGUCCAAGUCGUCCGGCUGUUUGAUGACGAAGAUGAGACUGAUAGUGCCGUACCUUCCGAUUUUGACUUUGGUUUGAUCAACAGUCCUGUCCUUCCGAAGCAAACGUUUGACAUUGAUGAGAAGACGGGUGAGUGGAUCCUUCAUGAGCGUGACGUCGAGUGUAUCAGUAUUGGUGCGGGUAUCCUAGGUUGCGGAGGCGGUGGCAGUCCACACAUCGCCAGACUGAGGGCGCUCAACCUACUCAAACAAGGCAAGAAGAUUAGAGUCAUCAGCCCAGACAGACUUGGUACUUGUCCAGAACUAGAUGGUUAUGUGACGCUGGUGGCCUUCAUGGGUGCGCCGACUGUCAUCUUGGAGAAGCUGAUGUGUGGGAAGGAUACGAUGGCGUCGUUCAAGAUGAUGGAGAAACUGCUUCAGUCUGACUUCAAUGACCCGUCCCUGAACACGAUCGAGGCUGAUGGCAUCAGGGCAAUAACAGAUGCAAGAGAAUUCAGCAAACUGAAAAAGGUCAACAACAAGAAGCUAGUCGCUGUAAUGUGUGCUGAGAUUGGUGGCCUGAAUGCCAUUGAGCCACUUGCGGUUGCCGCCGAGCUUGGCAUUCCGGUUGUUGAUUGUGACGGAAUGGGACGCGCCUUCCCGGAGCUGCAGAUGUUUGUCCCAUUCAUAUACGGUGUCCCGUCGCAUCCUGGGGUUAUCUGUGACGAAAAGGGCAAUGCUGUGGUUACAACUCGUGUCGACAGUGGCAAGCAUUUGGAGAACUUCUUCAGGGAGCAAGUUGCCAAAAUGGGAUGCGUUAUCAGUUUGUCGAUGUCGCUUUUGUCCCCAGACGAUGUGAAGAAGUACUCUAUCCUUCACAGCUACAGUCGCGCCUGGCAGAUUGGUGACGCCGUCCUCAGGGCUAGGGAGAUGAAACUCUCCCCCACUGCCGUGAUCCUGAAGAGCGUACAGGGAAAUAGGCUGAUUCACGGCAAGAUUGCCGACAUUGACCGGAUGACGGCAGACGGUUUUACGAAAGGUCGUCUGAUCGUAGAAGGACUCGGCCGAUUCCAAAACACGACCUUGUUCAUUGACUUCCAGAAUGAGAAUUUGGUUGCUCGGCAACGGGUUGAGGGCGAUGACGAAAUGGAGGUCGUGGCCUGUGUACCCGAUCUCAUAUCCAUCCUCGACUCAGACACGGGACAGCCAAUCACAACGGAGGAAAUACGAUACGGGUUACGCGUGGUUGUCAUAGCGAUGGCAUCGUCGCCACGGUUACGAACUGAAGAAGCGCUGAAAGUAGUUGGACCAAAAUAUUUUGGAUAUGACGAUGUGACUUUUGAACCUUUAUGUGAAUAUGCCGAAUUUAGAACCAUCCCUCCAUCGUAGAUAGUCAAACACCCUUAUUGUGCCAUGUGGAGUGUUUGUCGUUAUCAUUGACAUGUUCGAGUGAAUGUGUCAUACAGAUUGACAAUAGCAGUGUUCUCCACUAGGCCAUUUGUCGAGGCAUCCCACCCUUCCUUGGAAGCAGCCACCCUACCUUGGAGCAGCCACCCUACCUUGCUCUAGAGUUUUGUUGAUGGUUUCUUUAGGGCCACUCAGCUUUAAAUUGCUGGCCACCCCACCUCGUGUUGCACACUGGCAAAACUUCUUGAGUCUCAAUGGUACCACCCUACCUAGAGAAGAACCUGUGGAGAACACCGGGCAUCCCACCCUACCUUGGAAGCAGCCACCGUACCUUGCUCUAGAAUUUUUAAAGGUUUCUAUAGGGACACCCUACAUUAAAUUGCUGGCCAUCCGACCUCGUGUUGGACACUGGCAAAACUUCUUGAGUAUCAAGGGUACCACCCUACCUAAAGAAGAACCUGUGGAGAACCCAGGGGGGAUGAAGAAACUAGGAAAAAAAUUUAACCAAGUCAGUUUCAUAGAAAUUGUAUUUUCACUGCAGUGUUGAUCUCAGUCAAAGCACAAAAAUGGAUUUCUUCCAGAUGACUUGUGUCAUUUCUAUAUGAUAGCGAGAUUUAGCUUAAAACCAACUUUUUAAUUGACUUUUACACCUAAAUAUGCGUAUGUGGUUUGGUGUGAUGUAGUGAAAGUUAUGAAGUUUUGAUUCUACAUUAAAUUUGGAAGUGGUUUUCAAAUGUAGGAUCAAAGACAAUCUUGUACAUGUCAUCAUAUUUGUUUGUUUAUAAAAAGCGUUUUUCAUAGGGAGUUUAGAGUUGACAUGACGUUUUAGUUUUACUUAUGCGACAAUAUACUAUGUCUAUUUCUUCAUUCUGAUAAAUCGUAUUGUCAGUUUCUGCAUGACAUCAUUGGGGCAGCUUGCUUUUCUAUCACAUGAUGUCACCAAUUUGGCUUGAGUGCAGGCCACACUCAAUUUUCGUGGACUGUUGAACUGGAGAGUGUUUACUCUAAAUUGUAACUAAUUUCUGUUAUAAAUACCGUCUGACUUUUUAAACGCGUACAGUGCUAGACAAUGCCGUGAGAACAGUCUUUUGAUUGUAUUCUUUGAAAUGCAUUGUUUUCCAAUGCAACUCUUACAGUAUUUUGGCUACACAUUGGUGACAUUGAUAUCUGAUCUUUUCCACACUAUAAAACAACAAAGAAUGUGUCCAUUGGACUUCAGUAGAAGUCAGCAUUCAGGUCAAAGUGGUAAUACUGGGGAGUAUUGUCAAGAAUUGUUUAUAACUAUGACAGUAUUUUUUCCUUUGACGUUAGAUUAGUUUUGUAUAGCAAAGCCUUCAUAAGAUUAUCAGAACCUGACUCCCUUUGGUUACAAAAAUCUAUAUUUGUUUCAAAGGAGCGGAAUAAUGAUUACCUCAGAUAACUAACAUUGACCAAUGUAGUGGUGCUAAAUUGUUUGUUAUGCAUACAGUAAUAUCUUGUACAUACUGUUGAUGAUGACUGUUGAAAACCAUAUUGUUUUAGCGGGAAGGUGUUCCCUUGUCCAUAUUAUUGUAACUAGGAAUAUUUACUAUAUUUACUGGGUAGGUUUAUUUGAUUAGUGGAUUUAUCCCUGAAAGCCUUCAAUGUACUAUAAAAGGAUUCUCUCUAUACCGUAAUUGUCAAUUUCAAUUCAUGACAUUGAUUAUGAUCAGGACGCAUCUAAUUACGUUCUCUAAAAUGAAAGGGACCAGUCUCCUUAAGUAGAUCCUUUCUCAAAUGCAUCAUUGACUCAGACUUAUCUGAUUGAAAGUUUCUUUGAAGGAACUAUAAAUUCUGUGCCAGUGCUAUGUUAGAAGAAUCUGUUGGGAUGCUUGUACUGUGAAGAGAUUAGGAAUCACAGGUUCCACAGGUUAAAACUGAUUCAGUGUUUCAUUUGAACAGCUUUUUAAAAUUGUCUUGUACAUUUAUAAUUACCUCUGUCGAUUCGGCACAAUAUUUAACCAAUUUCUUCCUUGGUAGGUUUUGAUUUAUGAAGGCCUUUUAUCAUGUUUAUCAAAUUGUUAUAAGAUUGAAUUUAUAUCACUUUGUUAUAAAUGGAUAUUUUAUAAGAUGUGUGUUGUUAACUUUAUGUGUUAACUAAAAUAAACAUCUCGACAAUAGAA